AGUUCCACUACGCUCCGCCACCGGCCGCUAAAGAAAAGGAAAUACUUUUAGUAUUAGUAUUGCCUUUUCUGAGCUCAGCGAUUUUUUCUUCGUCUAAUUUUUCAGCUGCCAACUCGCGCAGUCGAUAAUCGUUAAAAAGGGGAAAAAAAUACAGUUGUGUACGUAGCCUCAACACUAACUGCCGUUGUGAAUCGGGUAAUAUACAUUGUAACCUGUAAGAAACGGAGGAAAACAUGUCCGCCGGCGCCUCCGCGUUCGCAGGAUACGCAUACUACAGCACAGAUGGCGACGGCAUCGUGUACGCCUUCACGAACUCCACCGCGCCCACGACCCUCGGCACGCCGGUGGUCGUCGUGAACAGUGUGUCGAAGGCCGCGCAUUUCUUUCAGUUCUUAUUUCUUGUCGCAGGCGGCGCGCUCACCCUUGUCCUGCUCAUCUUAGUGGGUAUCACGUUCUGCUGCCGGCGUCGUGUGGCGUCGCUGGAAGGGAAGUACUGGCGGCUGCAGCACGCCUACGCGGAGGUGAACAACGCCAUUGUGCAGGAAAUUUUGCAUCGCACCCCACGCCAAACGGCAGUGAAGCGGCAGAGCAGCUCGAACAACAUGCCUCAGCACCAGCACCAGCAGCCUAUGCAACGCAAUGCCAGCACAUAUAGCAUGCGCUCUCAGCACCAGCAGCAGCAGCAACCACAGCAGCAGCAGCAGCAGCCUAUGCAACGCAAUGCCAGCACAUAUAGCGUGCGCUCUCAGCACCAGCAGCAGCAGCAACCACAGGCGCAACAGCAGCAACAGCAACCUGUACCGAUGGUGUCCCCUUACGGCUAUCCGCAGGCCAACGUUCCAUGGUCGCUGACCUCCGACCCGGUUGGUGUGUACCCACCUCCUCAGGUGGCCUCACAACCCCUCUUCCCUUCUGUGCCGACGACGAACGCGAACUCCUACGACUACAACACAAUGUACAAUGCUGCCCCGCCUAUCCAUCCAAUGCAGGCCUUCUCAUCCCCGCAACCAAUCAUGUCGCCUUCGACGACGCAGCAGCAAUCGUUGUCGUCGCAGCGGCAGAUGGAUGCCUCAGUAACGUCGCCUUCUGCGUCCUCCGAAGGACUGCGCCGUCGUGAGUCGCGGGUGCGCUUCGUCAACACCAACUAA